UGUCCUGUUUGGGUGUUUGUGUCUGUUUCUGACAAACAAAAAUGCAGACUUUUUAAACUUUUCGUCUGGUUGAUAGAUAAUUCGUCCUUGAAACUUAGAGGAAAGCAAUCCCCAGAUGUACGGAAAGUCACGUUUAUUCAUCAGCAGCAUUUCAGUGACAGUCGUGAAAACGAUACGCAUGCAGUUUAAAAAGGCUUGUUUAAUGGUUUUUUCUAUCAUGUCAGAACUAAUGCUAACAUGUAGCCUAAAUAUAUCCAGACAUAAAUAUAUUAUUUGUAUUCAUCAAAAUGGUAUUCAUUUCUUUCUCUUCUAUAUCAUACUGCAGUCUCGCCUUUUCUUGAUGGUAGCAGUAUAUGUAAAUGCACGAAGCACGCGUGCAAGCUCAGAUAUUAAUGACAAAUUAAAUUUAAGAACAAUUUAGUUUAUGUUGACUAUAAUGAAGGUAAUAAAGCCGUGGUAAACUGGAAGACAGGCAUGUUUACGAAAUGUUGAGAUGGUAAAGGCUUUAACCACAGUCAGAAAUAGUAUGACCACUUGGGGACGCUCUUGUCCUACAGAAGAAGUCCCAGGAAAGGGCGAUUUUUGAUCUCCGCUGCAAUGUUUAUUUUCUUCAGCAAGGUGUUCAGUCAUCCGAGCCGGUCAAUUAUAUCAAUUAGGCCAGCCGUAAAUUGUUGACAUUUCAUUUAUAAAAUAUAAUUGAGUUUUAACACCAAUUGCGAAAUUUCUAACAAUAAACUGACGAUGCAGAAAUAGUGAAAAAAUAAUGAAUGCCAUAUUAUAGCUUAUCUCAAUUCCACAUUUUUUACAAUAGGCUAUCAUUCGGUGGAUGUAAUUGAUUCUCACAUUCAUCAGUUACUUUAAAAAACAACCAGAUUGCUAUAUUGUCCGCAGGCUGAUAAUAAGAUAAUGUGAAAUUAUAAAAUGGAAGUAUGAACAUAGUUUUAAGCAAGGGGCCAUGAGGUGAUCACGCCCACGCACAAAAUUAUAAUUUUCUUUUCAUUAAAAAGGUAUUUCAAAUGUAGCACAAAUAAACGAAUAAUAAGACCUUUAAUAUAUUCGCAGACAUAUUUAUUAUGCCGAUAAUAACCUUGGCAACCAAUUGUCUUGUAGAAUUGUCAAAUAAAAGUGCCGAUUUUUCCAGCUGCAUGCAUUUCCACGAGGCUUCACUUCGCAUUAUAAAGUCCAACAUUUAUUCUGGAACAUAACUAUGCCUCAACCAGAUAGCAUAAACUUGGCUACCAAAAAUCGGCAAGAAGAGCCAAUCAUAUGAUACAAAAUUAAGGCACAUUUCCAUUUUAAAGGAUAAUUAAAUUUUAGACAGUGUGUUUCAGUGCGGCAGGAAACGAAACAUGAUAAGCAAAGGAUAAAAACUAGUUCAGGUCAAUGUUGCUUUUUUAAGGUCAGUGCUCCAACCCACAACAUUACUAAUGUUGGUGCCGCUGCUGUUGUCGGCCUAGUACUAGGCCUACAUAUAGUCCUAGGCUGCUCUUAAAAGAACACAACAACAACAACAACAACAACAACAACAACAACAAUAAUAAUAAUAAUAAUAAUAAGAAUAAGAAUAAGAAUAAGAAUAAGAAUAAGAAUAAUAAUAAUAAUAAUAAUAAUAAUAAUAAUAAUAAUAAUAAUAAUAGACAGUGGUCCAUUUUUAUAUAGACAUUUUAAAGUUAGGCUUUUUGUUAAAAUUUCAGUUUAAGGUCAAACUUCAUGCUCACUUGAGUAUGCAAAAUAUUCGCCUCGGUAACUAGUUUCCUAGUUUCCUAAAGGGAGAAAUAAUAGGAAGCGCAUUCAUGGUCAUGCUUUCCAUUAAGCAGUAAUAGUAAUUAACCUUGGGAUCUUGACCACUUUGUUCACCUGGAGGUUUUCUUAUUUUCAUUGCCGUUGUUUAGCUGAAUAUAUUUACAUUAUAAUCGUAAAGUUAAAGCAUGAGCUUUUGCUUUUGGCAUUUAUUUGAAUACUUUAGAAGCUUAGAACCUUUACUUUGUCAGUGAUUUCAAAUGUGUCUUUUGUAUGUAUUUAUUGUAUAUUCCAAACCCAGAAAAUUCAAUACAUGUAUUUACUUAAAUUUGUAUUUACUUAAACAUUUAUUUGCAAAUUUGAAAUGCUUCACUAAACCAUUCGCCCUUGGGCAGAGAAUAAUUCACUUUUCCACUCCCAAACCCGUUUCACCUUGAUUCUAUUUCCCUUCUCAGUAUUAUGUUUUCUGUACAUUUGGUGGCGUAAGCAUUUUACAUACGCGUACUUCGGUUACUUGCGUGCAUGUGCAAGCGUUGCGUGGGAUAUAGUAAUCCGCCAAUUAUCUUAACCAAAUCUCUAUGGCAGUUUAUUGAAAGAAAAAAAUAUAUUCAGAUCACAGAGGCUGUUUGUUUGCCUCGGGACCGUUAAAUGUAAAACGAAGGAAAACAUUUUCCAGUCAGGCGUUAAUUUCAUUCUGCACUGUGAUCAAAAGGACACGGCAAAGACUUUGGGUCUAUUCCACACAAGUGCUCACUGAUCACUGGAUUUGAGAAAGCAUUAUGCGCUCAAUAUAGACUGUUGGAUGACAAAGAUCUUCAGUCAAAAUUGAUCCGUCGUUAUUUUCAGUAAAUAACCUUAUAGGAGAAAUGAGCUCUUAUUUUGUCAACCCCUUCUAUUCAAAGUACAAACCGAGCGAGGCAAUAGUUCCAGCCUACUACGAUUCUCCUUUUUCACAAGAUGUCAACAGUGGGCAUGCGAUGGUGUAUGGCAACAAUGCAAGUUUCCAACAUUCCGCACAAGUCCAAGAAUUUUACCACCAUGGGACCGCAGCAAUACCGAAUGCAAGUUAUCAGCCGAAUCCUUGUGGAAUUACGUGUCAUAGCGACCGCUCUAAAUUUUACGGAUACGAUAACUUACAGAGACAGCAGCUCUUUACGACACAGCGAGAGGCCGAGCUGCUACAAUACCCUAACUGUAAAUCGUCCGGUAGUAAUACUGGCUGGCAACCAGAAUGCUUAAAUCAGAACUCGUCUCCUUCUCAGAUGUUUCCCUGGAUGAGACCUCAAGCUCCCGGAAGAAGAAGAGGCCGGCAGACAUAUAGCCGAUUCCAAACCCUGGAACUUGAGAAAGAAUUUCUCUUUAACCCUUAUCUGACAAGAAAACGAAGAAUUGAGGUUUCCCAUACACUAGCUUUGACCGAGAGACAGGUGAAAAUCUGGUUCCAAAAUAGGAGAAUGAAGUGGAAAAAAGAAAACAACAAAGACAAGUUUCCAACCUCGCGGCCAGACGCACAGCUCAAAAUUGAAGCAGAGCAUUUUGAUCCUCAGAGAUCCGUUAAAGAGACAAAUUAAUAAAAAUUUAAAAAAAAAUAAAACAUUAGGCUAAUUUCAGACCCGUCUUCUAAAUAUGAUUGGAAAAUCUCUCUCUCUCUCUCUCUCUCUCUCUCUCUCACACACACACGCACACAAUCAUUAAAUAGCUUAUUAGUUAUUAUUCGAUUUUUUGGUUUUCCAUGAACGUAAAUGAGAAUAGCUUUAACAGUAUUUGUGUGUUUAAUUAUUAAAUUUGUAUUAUGUUCAUUUAAAGCAAAAUCGUUUUCAAAAUCAUUAAGGAAAAAUCAUUUUCAAUGAUUAAAAUUCAGUCAUGUAUUUUGGGGAGCUGUUAGCCUAAGUAUAACGUGCCUUGAUCAACCUUGUCUUUUUGUAUUUUUUAUUAUUCGACAAUAUAAUAUAGCCUGUCGUUUUUCAUUUAAUUGUAAAGUUGUUUCUUUUUUACCCUGCACAUUUUGGGUGUACAUCUGUGCUGGAAAAUGAUGUGCUAGUUGUAUGUUGUAUCAAGCCAGCCCAGUUGCAAAAAAAUUCUACUUUGGCCUUCACGAUUUCUUCACACAAACCCAAGCACACAUAUAUGUACUCAUGCAUAUUUCGCUCUGGUUUGCGCCUUAAAUUAAACAACAAUGGGAACAUAUUAAAAAUCAUAACUAGCAUAUGCGGAAAAAGUCAACAAAAAGCUGUACAUUUCACAUUGAUGUUUUAGUAAAUAAAACAAUUUAAAUAUUUUCUGUCUUAAAUUGUGUCGUUGUGGGUACAUUGGUACUUAUUUUUGUACGUUGUUCGAUUACGUUUUCUGUAUUAAUCUUUUAAGAACAAAUAAAUUUAAAAAAUACAUGCCGGUGUAUUUGAAUCAAUGUAGUUGAUGCUGCGGCAGCCGGCAUUUUGGAGAUAAUCAAUAAUUGAUUGUUAGCAUUUCCUAAUGUGUUAAUGUGUUCAUUCGAUUGUUUCUAGCUUUUCUUGCAGGAUGUUUUUUUUUCUUUUUUUUUCUUUUUUUUUACAGUUUUACUCCAUCAUGAUUCCAAGCAUCUCGGAUAUUGUUAAGUAAAAAAAUUAGAAACAAA